AUGGCUCCUCCGAUGACUAGAGUACCGCCGGCGAAACGGAGGCAAGCGCUUUCGGUAACGGAGGAUCCGAAGACGAUGAAAAAAAGGAAUAAAUUAGGAAAAGCCAUCGGUGUCACCGCGGCGGAAUGCACGGCGGUAUGUUGCUGUUUUCCAUGCAGCGUCGUGGAGCUGCUUGUGUUAGCCCUUUAUAAGUUUCCCGCCAGGGUUUGCCAGAACACUUGGAGAUGGAAGAAGACACUACUGAUGAAGAAGAAUCAAGAUUUGUUAGGCUCGACUAAACGUUGGCCCACAAGGGAGGAAUUGGAAGUUGAUGUGGACUGCGUGAUGGGGAAAGGUAACCAAUGUGAAGCUGAUAAUCGCGAUGAUUGUUGCGCUAGAGUCGAAGAUUUUGAAAAUAAGAUGUGGGAUCAAUUUUGUGAGACUGGAUUUUGGAGAAGUCCAUCGCAGAGAGAAAUAAGAGAAUAA